CUCCGGCCAGCGCUCAUUCACUAUGAUGCGCGCCUAGUUGAAGGAAGCUCUCCACACCCGGUUCCCCCUGCACGCCUAAAACUUUCUAAUGAAAUCCCCCAAAACUUUUUGACAAAUAAUAUUUUUUUUCCUCUGGGGGCCAAUAGGGUUUUCGACUUAUUAAUCCGUGUUUUUUUAAUUGAAAAGAGAACUUCAGAAUAUGGAGCCCAGUUCCACAGAGGGAGGAGCUGAGGAGAAGCUUGUUAGAAGUCUUCCUCACAAAGUGAUACUCAAGCAUGGCCAAGAGCUGGAGGAAGAGCAGGAGGAGCUGGCCGAGCAUCAGCCUCUAGAGCAGGAAGACCUCAACUUUGAGAGAUGGAAGCGCAGGCCGAUUCCCAAGAGGACGCUCCACCAGAAAAUAGACGACCUGAAGACAUACCUGUGGAAUGCAGAGACCAACGAAUUCAUGGGUCGCUCUGGGAAGAGCUGGAGCCUCAUCCUACUCUUCUAUGCUGCACUUUAUUUGUUUCUUGCAGCCAUGUUUGGCGGCUGUUUGUUUUGCCUCAUGUGGUCUAUUAGUCCCUACCACCCCACCUUCAACGAUAGAGUGAUGCCACCAGGUAUGACGAUGGCCCCGCACCUAGAAGGCCAUGAGAUUGCUUUUAACGCAUCUGAUCGCAAAUCCUGGAGGAAGUACGCCAGGUCUAUGGAGGAAUAUCUAAGACCGUAUAACGAUGCUGCUCAGCAGAGGAAGAAUAUUCCCUGUGAUAAGGAGACAUACUUCAUGCAGGACGACUUGGACGAGGCUGCAGAGCGGAAAGCGUGUCAGUUUAAACGGUCCUGGUUGGGGCAGUGUUCAGGGCUGCAGGACGCCAACUUUGGCUAUUCUCAGGGAAUGCCAUGCAUCCUCCUUCGAAUGAACCGGAUCCUCGGUUACUUACCUGGUCAGGGGAAACCGAUAAAUGUGACCUGUGGCGUUAAGAAAGGACCACCAGAAGUUUUGGGAAAAAUUGAGUUUUUUCCCAAAAGCAUUUUUGAAAACAAGUAUUAUCCAUACUACGGGAAGCUGAGACAUGUAAACUACUCUUCACCAGUCGUGGCUGUACGUUUUACGGGCGUGCAGCAAGGCGCUAACAUCCAAGUACAAUGCAAACUGAACGGAAAGGGCAUCAUUAACGAUUCUCCCACUGACCGCUACCUGGGCAGCGUGACCUUCUCCUUGGAGGUCGGAGCGUAAGGCGAAGGUGUCGCAGGACGCUCACAAGACGAGGCAGGAAAACAUUCACGAGACAAGAUUUAUACUGAACCGUUAUUUUCCAUGAGAUAUGUAAUUUGCCCCUGUCCUCGUCUUUCACUUAAAUAUCUUCUGCUGUGAAACAAAAUCCUCAAGAAGUAGGUAUUUACUCGUGUUUUUUGUUGUUUCUUUGUACCACGAGUGUGCUACUGGCACCUGCACCCACAACAAACAGUGCUGAGCACAGGAACGAGUGCCUAGAGCGAGUUAUUCCUGUUCGAUUCCUGAUAUUUUGUAAUGAUUAGUGAGAUUAACCGCACUAAAUUACACUCUGCCCAUUAGUUAGAGUUUCUGGCUAUGCAAAUCCAAUUAUGAAUUAAACAUUAAUAGGGAACUAGAGUUCUUUCAGGUUAGAUCGUACGUUUUUGUGCACAUUUUUGUGCGACCAAGUGUACUAAUUUGUUUUGCAUUAUAUUUUUCAAACAUGUAUAUUGUAAGAAUUCAAAGAACUAUCAUGCAAACACUGAAAGCAGGACUUGUACUGUACUUACACAGUAAAAAAAAAAGACAUAAUAAAUGCAAAUACAUGAUUACUAUAUUUUUGUUGAAUAGAGCAGUAUUAUACAUUUAUGAUAAAGUAUCACUUCUUCUUUUGUAAAAAAUAUUCGCUUUGGAAAAUGAAAUACUAUACAUGACUGAUCAAUAAAGAGACGCACUGUGCUGUGAAAUAGUUUGUCAAAGGUCUGCACCGUUUUAAUUAUGCUAUAACUAUUUUGUGAUAGUAUUAAUCAUGCCUGAACUGUGCUACUAAACUUGGUAUCAGUGUUGUAUUUAUUCCUAUUAUAGCUCUUACAAUAAAUACAGUGUUCUGGUA